AUGGCCGACAAGGAAGUUAUCGACUACAGUCUGAACAACCCAGACACCCUCACCAAGUACAAGACCGCUGGUGGCAUCUCCGAGAAGGUGCUCGCCGAGGUCUCCAAGCUCAUUGUGCCUGGCGAGAAGAUUGUUACCAUUUGCGAGAAGGGUGACAAGAUCCUCGAGGAGGAGGUUUCCAAGGUCUACGCCAAGACCAAGUUCAAGGGUUUCGCCCACCCGACGACUGUCUCCCCUGCCGCCUUUGUCACGCCCUACACUCCUCUUUCCUCCGAUGAAGCCGAGGCAAACGUGACCAUCCAGGCCGGCGAGCCCAUCAAGAUCCAGCUCGGCGCUCAGGUCGAUGGAUUCGGUACAAUUGUCUGUGGAACCGUGCUCGCUCAGGAGAAGGGCAAGGAGUCCGAGGUCGUCACUGGACGUGAGGCCGACCUGGUUCUGGCUACACACUACGCCAACGAGCUGCUCCUGCGCCUGAUGAUCCCUCCUGGAACACUGACCUCCGGUACCGACGAGGAGAAGGCCAAGGCUGCCAAGGAGAAGGCUCCCACCCAAGCCAGAAUCACUGCUCUCCUAGAGAAGAUUGUCAAGACCUACGACUGCAACUUGGUUGAGAGCACUACUUCGUGGUUGUUUGGCCGCAACGAGAUCGAGGACAAGAAGAAGAUUGUCCUUGCGCCGAGCGAGGGCACCCGUGGUGAUGGUACUCCUGAGCUGGGCGAGGUCUGGGGUGUCGAGAUUGGUGUCAGCUUGGGCUCCGGCAAGGUCAAGAAGUUCGAGAACAGAACGACGCUGCACCGUCUUGCCAACGAGAGCGGUAUUGCCAAGCGCCCGUCGUCCAAGAAGCUGCUACACGACGUCAAGACCAAGUUCCACAAGUUCCCCUUCAGCUUGAGGCAGCUUGAGAGUGAGCGUGACGCCAAGCUCGGUGCCAUGGAGUGCACCCGUAACGGCUUCCUCCGUGAGUAUGAGGUUGUCGGUGACAAGGAGAACGCCCCCGUAGCCCGCCUGCUCACCACUGUCGCCAUUACCAAGAACGGCAUCACCAAGCUUGGUGCCCCCCCUGCUCUGGACCUGGACAAGUUCCAGUCGGACAAGAAGAUUACCGAUGAGGAGGUUCUCAAGAUCCUUGAGCAGCCCCUGGCAAGGAACAAGGGCAAGAGCAAGAACAAGAAGAAGAAGAAGCCCGCCAAGAAGACUGCCAAGAAGGACGAGGAGAGUGAGGAGGAGAGCGACGACGAGUAA